AUGGAGGAUCCGAACCAUCAGCGUUUGGCGAGGAAUCCAGGCCAGCGCACUCGGCGCCCUCGGGCAGCUCGUGCCUGCGAUUACUUUCGAGGUGUCGAAUGUGUGUACAAGGGUCAGAAUAUGUCCAGGCUUCGGGUCACGCCAGACUACGUGAAGAAGCUUGAGACUCAGGUGAAGGAUCUCUCUUCCCGCAUCGAGGCCUAUGAAGCAACAGGAGCGAAAACAAUCAGCGGUAAACCGACAGGGACAACUUCCGGGAUUUCUACUCUGGAUCACGACCCUACACAGCAUCCCGGGAUCAACCACGAUGAUUAUCCAAUGCAAAGUCGCACAUCGCCCUGGGAGAGUGGUCAACAAGAACUAUCAGGUGUCAACUCACACACUCGAGAUGUUGAGUUCUACGGCAGCUCAUCUUCUGUGGCUCUUCUCUCUCAAAUCCAGCGCACUGGGGAUGAGUCUGAAGGAGGUGACGCGAGUUCUCUUCUUUCCACCUUGCACAAUCCUGCCUUUGGGCCAGCAAAAUUUGAAACAACUCGUAAAAGCUACAGGGAGAUCGACUACCCAAAUACUUCAAGCUGGUUCCCACAAUGUCGUGGGUUUUUGGAGGCCUUCUUCACCACUAUCCACUAUGUCCACCCCAUUCUCAACAAGCCUACCUUUUUGCAGCGUUGUGAGGUGCUGCGUUCUGGAAGCGAAGCUGAUGGCCUGCAGCUUUCAAGUUUCACGGCUCUGUACUUUAGUGUUCUCUCUUUGGGUGCGCUCGUGGGUAUAAGAGAUGAUGAGCCUAUCGAUGGCGUCGAUAAUCUGCAAUGGAGCCGCAAAUUCUUCGAGAAAGCCAAAGCCUGCUGCAACCAAAUAGGAAUGGUGACAGACCUUGAGAUGACUCAAUGUUACUUCAUGCUUGUAUAUCUCUCCAUUUAA